AUGCGUCUCAUCAAUACAUACAAGUUGACCAGGACCACCAAUAGGAGCAACAGGAUUUUGAAAGAUUUCGACAAUUACAUCUCGGUACCAUUAAUGCCAUUGAACUAUGGUGUUAUGUUGGACUUCACAAUCAAAGGCUUGUCGAUCAACGACAGUCAUGUCAUGCAACCAGAGGCAGUUGCUGAUAUUUCAAAGAAACAUCCGAAUGAAAUGGCGCAACUCAAGCCGAAGAAAAGCACACAUUUGGAGGAAACUUACAAAAGCAAUGCCACAGAAGCGAAACUCUCGAUCCUCAAGCAUGUGGUGAAUAUUGUCAACAUCACAUUGGCCAAUAUUGAAGAAGAUGAGAUUUUGACAGUCCGAAGCCAUUUAUUCGAGACCGCUGAUAUUGUUGAUGGAAAUGAGAUCCUCGACUACAACUUCAUCUUCUCGCCCGUUUACACCUCAAAACUCACCUCAUUGCCUCGAAAAGAAAACUUGAAGAGCUUCGGAAAUUCGCCGAAUAGCCUGAAGGCGUUGAGCGAUUUCGAGGCGGCGCUUGACGGGGAUUUCACCGAGUUGAAAAAUGAGAAGUUCUUGUAUCCACAAAAUUUAACAUAUCCGUUGAUUGUGUUGAAGUUGGCGCAUUUGGCUCCACGCGACGAGAUCGCGAACUCGACGGCGCUCUUUGCAAAGAUGCCCGAAGAGGAGAAAGACUUUGAUGAGUUGAAAAAUGACCUCAACGAGCUCCUCCCCAAAUCACUUCCACUCAUCGAAAAAUUACGGCAACAAUUCGAGAGUCAAGCCAAGAAAUUACUCGAUGAAAUCAGUGGAACGCUGGAAAAAUCCCGUGCUUCGAAACUCGAUGAAUUGCAAAAAAAACUCACGUGGCAUGUGAAGAAAAAUGUGUAUUCGGAUUGCCUUGAACUUCUCUCAAAAACCCCCGAAUCCGAGUACAACAACUUGCACAAAUUCGUCGGUGUGUUGGCUCGAUUCGCCGCACGACAACAGUUGAGAAAGGGUGGCUACCGUUUCUGGCAAUCGUUCAAGACGACCGCUCCAAAUCUUCAAGCUCUGACUGGAGCCGUGAAAGAGGCUUUCUCAAAUGUCACCGCUGGUGUCCACAAUGCGGCACAAGAAUUGCUAACAGCCGCUCAGAAGAAAGUGUCCAACCAGGAUUUCCUCGCAUUCGCCACCAAAAUCGACACCGUACAUUUGGCUUAUCCAAUCCCGAUCCUCUUGAUCAUCAACGAUCUCCCUCGACCCGAGUACGAAUAUUUCGAGAAGCAACGAGAAAAGCUCGCGAAGCAU